CACUUAUUUAUAAACUUCACUACGCGCGUCUAUUUUUAGACCAUUCGCGUUGAAGCAUUUUUUCCGCUUUUGCUUAAUACUGCAUGCGGGAAAUAUGGCGUGAAAAGUGUAUAAUCUUUUAGUCAAACGAAGGAAAUUUUUGUAGAAAAUGAGUGACCAAAAGUGUGCUGAGUGUGGUGAACCUGCAAACCUCAAAUGCUCUGCUUGUAAGUUAGUUGCAUAUUGUAGUAAAGACCAUCAGAAGAAGCACUGGAAAUCCCACAAGCUUCUUUGCAGACCUUUUGAGAUUGCCGAUGAGCCAGAUAAAGGACGAUGUUUAGUAGCAACGAGGGAUUUACAGCCUGGAGACACGAUAUUGGUGGAGUAUCCAUUAAUUUUUGGGCCUCGACCUCAUAUGGUUGAAGAAGGUCCUGUUCCAUGCCCAGGUUGUUGCAGGUUGAUAAUAGGUGAAGGCUCGGCUAGAUGUGACGGAUGUGAUUUUCCAAUAUGUAAUCCAGACUGCCCUGGAUUAAAAGAUAUGGACCGACACGGACACGAAUGUAUGAUAUUGGGGCUUAGAGACGUCAAAGCUAUUAACGGACUUCACGAUUUUUAUAGGCAAGAUACUUUAUUGCCUUUAAGAUGUAUUUUGUUACAAAAUCGACAUCCAAAGAAGUUUGCUCAACUAAUGGAAAUGGAAGCCCACAUGGAGAAAAGAGGCGAAGAUAGUGAAUUAUACAAGGAUAUCAACUCGAGAGUUGUAGAUUAUCUGCAUGACAAUUUCUUUGGGCCUAUGCGAAUGCUGGAAGGUAAAGCAGGAAAGGAAGUUCUGAAAGACAUCUCCAAAGAGACUAUUCAGAAAAUUUGUGGUAUUAUUGAUGUCAACGCUUUGGAAAUCAACCAAGAUGCGGAAGUAACUGCGUUGUAUCCUACAGCAUACCUUAUGGAACAUAACUGUAUCUGCAAUACUAGGCACAACUUUGGAAACUCAGAAAAAGGAUAUGCUAUCACAAUUAAAGCUGCCCUUCCAAUAUCCAAAGGAGAUCAUAUCACCACUAUGUAUACACAUUCCUUGUGGGGUACUCAAGCACGUAGAGAACAUCUGAAAGAAACCAAGUACUUUUCUUGUAAAUGUAAGAGAUGCUCUGAUCCUACUGAACUAGGAACCUACCUAAGUGCCCUUAGGUGCAUUGGGACCAAAGAUGAUGAACCUUGUGGAGGUAUUCAGUUGCCAAUAGAUCCUUUGGACGACAAAACUGAAUGGGCUUGUGAUAAAUGUGACGUAAAAUUAACCAAUCACGAAGUAACAUUUUUAGUCAAUCAAAUAGGUGAAGAAGUUGACAAUGUGCAGUUGUCUAAUCCUACAGUUCGUGAACUAGAUAGUUUAUUGACGAAGAUGUUAAAUUUUGUUCAUCCGAAUCAUUAUCAUGCUUAUUCGGUUAAGCAUUCGUUAGUCCAAUUGUAUGGUUAUCAGCAAGGGUACAUGCCUAAUCAAUUAAGCGACGAUGUACUAGUCAGGAAAGCAGUCAUGUGUAGAGAAUUAUUGGAUAUUAAUAAAAAAUUGGAUCCAGUAAACGCAAGAUUACCACUGUACUCUGGAGUAUUAUACCACGAACUCUACUUAGCCAAUAUGAUCCUGAUUAAAAGAAAAUGGGACUUGGGAAUCAAAACUAAAGUUAAAUCUAUAAAUUUAAUGCUUCAAGAGUGCCAAUAUUCGUUAAAUGAAGCGAUUAAAGUUUUAAUAGAUGAGAGAAAUUCACCAGCAGGUGUCAAACUUCUUAGUCUGAUAGAGGCGUCAAAGAAGGAAUUCGAAAAAUUUGUAGCUAGGAACAAAAUUGAUUUGGGUGUCAAAGAACCAGCCAAAAUUACAGAAAAUGGGAAAUAAAUUAUAAUAUAUACGGAUAACCGAUAAUGUUAAAAAAUGAUGAUAAUUUUGUUAUAAUAUGAAUAAAACAAAUUGUCUCUGUGUA